UCGCAAAUACCAUAAAAUCAGUCGUGUACCACAACCGGUCUUUUAGUCUGUUCUUACUCAAACACAGACAUGAAGCUCCUGUUUAUGGCACUUUUAAUUGGUCUCGGGAUGGUUUUACUGACAGCAGAAACUCAAGGACAAGGAGGUGAAUUAAUUUUUGGAAAGAUCUGCCUGGAAACGAAAUUGAUGAACAAAAUUAAAUGUAAAAUGCUGAAAAGCUAUGUCCAGCAAACUUCUCCAGUUGCAGCCAUCAUGUUCACUACCCAAAAGAAUAUAACAAUCUGUGCAAAUCCUGAACAACCUUGGGUGAAACAGGCUGUGCAAUGUCUCAAAACUAAGAAGCCAAGAGGAUCAAACCCAAAGAAAAGGACCAAGAAAAAGAAGAAUGGAAAAGCAAAGAGCAAGAGCACUCCUUAAGAACGACCUUUAAGUUCCUCAGAUUGUUUCAGAUUUGUUUCACACCAUAAUUAAGCCAGUAACUAAGCUGUGACUCUCUCUAUCAUUAAAUAAGUCCAGUAUUACCGCAUGUAUUAUGUAGUAUUGUGAAUUUUGCAUUUGUUAAACACACAGGGCUAGAUUGGUUAGUAGGAAGAAAGAAAAGAAGUGAUCUGUAAAAGAUAUCUGCUCUGUGGCCAAUGAGUCCCCUUUGGGCAGAUAUUUGUUUCUAUCUAAACAUUUCCUGCAACAUAUUCUAUAGCAUUCCUGCAUCUGAUGUAGAGGAUAUUAGUACAUUAUUACAGAGUUAUUGUAUGUUGUUAAACAACUAUUCUUUUAACCUUACACAGAAAACCAAAGAAAGGGAGACCAUUUUGUCUUGGUAGCCAUAUUGUUUCUGGCUGGAACAGGUUUCUCAAUAUAUUUAUAUUUUUGUAUCUAUAAAUUUCUGGACACAUCCCUUCAGGUAUUAAUUUGUAUUAGCUAGUAUCAGCUAUACCAUAGGAGCUGCUUUGGUAUUUGUGCCACACAUGAUAAUAACCAGAUCUGUAGGUCAAUGUGAAAGGGGCCAAGGAUGGGCAUAGUGGGUGAUAAUGGUAUUUUUUAGAAAUUCGUCACACAUUUAAGCUCUUUAUAUUAAAGGCCGAUUUAUAAAAAUUCAAGUUUGCAUUUUUUUCAUGAUACUUGAGAAUAAUCUUAAUAAUCAUGAAUAGUCGGAAUUUAUUAAAGAAAAAAAUCCCCCAGUUGCCAGAAAAGUUACCAGAAUUUGCCAGAAAAAACGUGGCAAGUAAAAGCUGGUAAGAAUUGUCUCUAUUAACUUUUUUUUAUUUAUUUUCCCACUUUCUUUCACAAACUCGAUAAAUCUGCCCUUUGGUGUUACCCUGUAGGCUGUGCUCCAGCAGAUAUCAAGAGUUUAUUCAGACAUAUGAAAAGUGUGCAGAACAGAAGCAAUGCUUCUAGGUUGGUUGGCUGGAGACUAGAAUCCAAUCAUAUCCAUGAACAAAGGGAAAUACCUUUUAUUUGUAGACUUAAACCAAUAGAUUUAUAGUAUGUUCCUAAUGUAAGUAGCAAUGGCUUAUUGAAACCAAGUUAAAACAAAAUAACUUGUAUACAUUGUUAUAAAUGUAUUAUUAUUUUAAUAUAAGAUCAAGAAAAACUUUAUAAUAAAUCAUUCAUUAGUAUCAAG